AUGUUUUAUUCAGAGUCAACUAAAGAGACAAAACUUAGAGUAAUUCGUCAACUGACUCAAAAAGAAGAUUUCAUGUUGAGAGUUGUCGCGACAAGUGCCUUAGAAAUCGGUGUAGAUGUUGUGGAAUGCCAUAGUGUUGAUUUGUAUGGACCCCCACCAACCCUGGUGGGCUUGCUCCAAGAAUGUGGUCGAGUUGGACGAGAUGGUAAAGACUCUGUCGCAUUUAUUCUACAUCACUCUUAUCAAUACCAAAACACGGACGAGGAACUGAAGACAGUAGUAAAAUCAAGCAAAUGCAGGAGAAUGGCUAUUAUGACAAACUUUAUUUCAACUACUGAACUUACUGUAAUUGGGAAUAUUAAUAGUGAAUUGGCAAAACACUCAUGCUGUGAUUUCUGUGAAAAAUGCUGCAACUGUGGCAAUUGUAGUAAAUUUAAACUGAUGUUAGAGAAGUGUGUUGAGGAGGACAUUGAAUAUAUCCAUUUUGAUUCUGACCUCAGUGAUGCUGAUAGUGAUGACACAGUUUUAUAUUAUGAAUUUGAUUUCCUCGGAUCAGCUGAAUCAGACACAGAGCUUUUAGAAUGUACCUGA